CCUGGUCACCGAAUGCAAGCAUACACUUAGCAAAUACUAUCCUGGUCGCCUCGACAAAUUUAAUUUCGAUUCACUGAUAUUUAUUGAAUAACUAUAUGCCUUGCGAAACUGUGGCAUGCUUUGAUUAAAUUCUAUUUUGAGAAUACGCGGUGUAAACCCACAAACGUUGCGUGAAGAAUGCCUUCCUCUGAGGCUAGUUCUGACCAUGAAAAUAUUGAGAAUACUCGCACUCAGCUGAAAAACUUGCGUAAUACAAUAGACCACCUAGAGGCCGUUUCAAUUGUGCCAUCAAAGCAACGACACACGAGUGUCACCGAGCUUGUCGGUGAUAUAGCAUCAGACGCGUAUGACAUUGGUAUCCCAAGCGAUGCUCUGGAGCAAUUGAUUGAUGUACUCACGAAGCCAAAUAACUUGGAUCAAGCAACAACUACCACGCUAAUCAAGAACCUAUAUGCCCAAGAAAGGGUAUCGUCUAUAAUUGUAACCAAGGUUAUAGGAGGCCUUGGGCCGGGCAAAACAAAACCGUCUCUAGCAACCCAGGCCUUACUAGUGCGAUGGCUGCUCUUAGUUUACGAAUGCCUGGAGGAUCAGUCAUAUCUUUCAAAGCUCUAUUCGGUUUUGUUCAACCUUCUUGACAUGAUAAGCUUGCGUCGGCCACUAUGCCACUUGUUAUCUUUAAUAACACGAAGACGGCAUGUAAAGCCGUUCAGAAUCCAGGCUGUUAUGGAGCUUUUGCGGAAUGCAGGCGACGAUGAGAAAGAACUUACGGGUCUCUUGAGAGUUUUCAAGAACUAUUAUCCUGAUAUUAUUGUUGGAGAGGUCGGACGCCUAAAAUUCUUUUUCAAACACCCUGACCCUGAGUGGACUGCCAAGCUUAAGCAAAUCCAACAUCGAACGAGGGAGAGAUCUCAAUUUAUGACUGGCUCUAGCACUUUCCAAGUUGUUCGACGUGGCGGUUUCAAACGAAGCAAAGUGGAAACCAUUAUUCCAGAGAUUCAGACAUCUAGGGUACCAGCUAACCACACAUCUUUGGAAGAGCUGAGGAAUGUGGACGACUUCGUGCAACGCUUUGACCAAAUAGAACUGCCGAAUCAAAUAAUUUCAGUACUGGAUGACCGCUUGGCACAAAAAUACAUGGCAAUUGUAGGCCCCGAUAUCGCCAAAGACCGACUGGAAGAUUGGCUCGAGGUGUUCCUAAAGGACGAAGCUGAUCGGGCGAGACUUCCUGAUCACAAUGAACCGCAAGUUCUCCAGUACAUUCUGGAAGCUGUGUCUGGAUAUGCGCAAAGGACAAAGCAAUUACCCCAUGCAAUUCAAACGUUUCUCAAAUCCUAUCUUCGAACUUGGGAUGGUCAAACCAGCAGAGAAGAAAUUCUCAAUAUUUUGCAAUUCUUACCAAAAGGUCCUUUUGAUGAACUCAAACGUGACUAUUUAGGGUGGUUAGAUACCGCGUUGAUAGACCACACAGCAUCCUCUCGAACCAGUCUUCUUGAUUUCUACGCAAACUUGAUCCGAAAAUGGGGGAUUGACCUGAGAGCAGAAAGCCCUCCAUCCUCUGCUGACGGAUUCCAACCCUUGAUUGCACUCAUCACUCAUGCAGAAUUUUUGUUGUUGUCAUUAAUGGAGCUUCCCCCUUCUCCAAUCGACCACAAUGUGAAGGGCAAAAACCCAGUUGUGACUAGUAUACUCGACAUAUACGCCAACCUCGCGGAACUCUAUUCCUAUGCCGCAGCUAAUGGCAACAUUCGUUUAACUGUCCCAUUAGCACCAGCUGUAUAUAUCUUAGCCCUCACAUCAAACCUCGGCCAGAUUUCUCGCAUUUGCAGCAUUCUUGCUACAUACAAAAACUCAUUCGAGGCAUCCCUGACUUCGAAAACAUUGCAAUCGCCAGUGAAGUCUGUUGGAGGCUUCUAUGCCCCAGAGAUGGUUGGGCUUUUCAAUGGUUAUGUCAUGGAUCUAUGCAACCUUAUAUGGCGGAAUCGCGCGCUCAAUAACGAAGAUCAGAACUCUCUCGGUUGUUUGAUCCCUAAGGUGGCCAAAGAUGCAUUGGAUGAGUACAUCAAUGACUCGAAUGAAAUUUUGAAACGCCGCAGGGGUCGUCUUGAAGGGCCGGCAUUCAAUCACUCCCUUGGGUUGAUGUUUUCUCUGAGUCAUCAUGUUGCACUGGCAAGUCAUUCUGCAGCUUGCUUUGCCGCAUUUGAGGACCAGGAUAUCACUCGCGAAAGCCAGCUGAGGCUCAGAAAACCUGUGACACAGAAGAAUCUAACCGCACAUGAGAAAGAUGGUGGAGCAAAGCUAAGCUGGCAAGAGUAUAGAGUCAGGAUGCUUGAUUGGUUUGAGGAACUGGGCAGCGAAGGCAUUGGAAGGUUAAUGAGAAGUACCAUGAAAGCAUUGCGCAAAGAGGCUUGAUCUGUGUUUAUAGAAUUAAGUCUCUAUUUGCUAAUUAUACAUUUAUUAUAUUUUCACAAGUUCCGUAUACUACAUGUUGGUCGU